GUCAAAACACAGGAAGUAGAGUUUAAAACGGAUCCCUUUUUUUUACCAUUUAAUUUGCUGAAGUCUAGAUCUUAAACUUUUUGCUAUAAUAAAGCAGAAAGUAUAAAAGAGCUACCCUGAAAAUUAUAUGUCACUAGAUAUAGAUCUAGUAAACUUACAGGAAACUAGGCUUAUAGGUCUAGAUUUGAAGACAUUAGUCUGAAUUCUCAAAGAAGUUUACUGCUAGGCUAUAGAGAAUUCAAUUCCAUAUUACUAGAUCUAGAUUUAUUGAGUAAAAGUUGAAUAUACAUCAUAUAGAGUCUAAAGGUUUACGGCCUAUUCCUGAGGCGUCCUAAGGAUUAAGACUAGAUCUAGAUAUAAGAUAAACAUAUAGAUAAUCUGUUAGAGUUUUUCUGCUUUAUUUAGAUGUUUGUUUGCACUAAAUCAUCAAGGCGUUAAUAUUAUUUGCAUGUAGGAUUACAAUUUACAUAGUUGUAGUAUGAAAAAGGUAUGAAAAAGUUCUAGACCUAUAAUUUAAUGGUAUACUUACUUUACUGUUUAUAACAAUGGCCUCAGUCAAGUGCGAUGCAUAGUUCUCGAGCUAACAAAAGCGUAAAUCAAAGAUUGAAAAGAGUUUGUAUCAAGUCGAUUUACAGGUUCAUUUAGAAUGACAGGCUUUGUUAGAACCAAUGUGCUACUGAUUAUUACAGUUGUAAUCUGGAUAAAGGAAGCUGAAACGCAAGACGUAAAUGAAACAACUGCCGCUCCUAAGGCUGGGGACACCAUCGUUGAGAAAAAGGCCGUCGACGAGAAUGCCAUCAUCGACAUCCCUGAGGUUGGAGAGACCAGCGAUUUCACUAUCACGUGUGACAUUAAAAAGUUCAACGAGGACGACCGGCCAACGGAUAAGUAUAUCUACUCCUUGUCCGUGGAGCGCAUGACAUCGGGUGCCGACUACUACAAGACGAUGGUCAGAUUCCUACCGGCUCAUCCCACUCGUACGAAGAAAAUUACAAAACCAUUGAACUCAAUUUGGCGUGUACAGUUCAUUGGGAAUGAAGGUACCAAAGCGCCGUCAGACACCAUGAAGAUUGUCAUUGACGUACAAAAGGCGAGUUACAGAGAUGCAGGGAAGUACCGAUGUUUUUACCACAGCAUCGUUUUCAGGCCUGAGUACAGCAACGCGUUCAUUCUACGGCCUAAAGGACAAGAAAACAUCGUGAACAAGAAUGAAUUCAAGCUAGGCUCCAACUUCACGGUCCAGUGUAGCUUGGACAAAUUCGCCAAAGAGGACCAGCCUUUAACUAGCUCCGUGACGGCGAUGUUUGCAGAAAGAAGGGCAUUCGAUGACAGAGAUUUUGAAUACCUGGCCAUAUUUCAACCUCUUGAGAAGGAUAGUCGGAAAAAAUACCAGGCCUAUCUUCCAGCGCGCCGUAAAUGGGACAUUCUUUUCAACGGCUAUGAAAUCAACGAUGAAAACACGGGGAAAGCACUGACCCUAGUUUAUGUGCUGGGCGCCCAAAGCAGCGACGCGGGCGUGUACCGGUGUGGGUACAAGAACGCACAGUCUUCCACCAUCUUCUCGGAGGAGUUUAAUCUAACCGUCACUCAACCUCGAGCCAGACGUUUUGUGACACCCAGACCUCCCUUCGCCAACAAGCACUUUCUUGAAUUAAAAGACGAACUGUUUGUGCAGUGCAGCGUUGACGAGAUCCUUGACGAUGACAUGCCUUUGAAGUUCCACAUCGUUGGCCUGAUCAUGCAAAGGAAAUUUGUCCUAAAUGACACGUACGACAACAUGGCCGCGUUUCUUCCGAACCAAAGCACUAAUGGCACCUUUCUAUCCUUUCGUCCAAAUGGAGCAAUUUGGAAUGUAAAUUUCACUUCUUACCCAACGAAUGACCCGAGGAAUAGGACUCUGGCCAUUAACGUGUACAUGCAUAAUGCAAGCUGUGAAGAUAUUGCACUGUACCGGUGUGGCACUAAAAUCAUCAAUGACACUGAAUACAAAUUUUCGACUGACCUUGACAUCCAGGGCUCAGACACAAACAGCUUCCUACCAAUCGCUGAAUUUCCGCAGGCCAGCAAAAAAAUUGUGGGUGCCGUGGACCCUUUCCACGUAAUGUGCGCCGCAACCGAGAUUCUGGAGUGCAAAUUUGAUGUCGGGAUGCAUAUCCUGGAGAUGGUGCUCCAACGAAGACGCAAAGACGAAAGUUCUUUUAUGAAUUUGGCAGUCUAUGACCCCGCGGAUCCUCCGGACCAAAUUAACAAUCCAAUUCCACAAGGGCGCGAUUGGGAGGCUAAAUUACAGGUUAUUAAAGGUAGCCACAAGAGGAAUAAUACUCUACUAUUCAAGCUACACUUCAACGAUGGCGGAUGUUCUGAUUCGGCCACUUUCCGAUGCGGAGUAAGGCUAACAGAUCAACAAUAUCAUGUCUAUUCUGAGCCGAUCACAGUUUUAGAAAAAGGUGUUGACACCAGACAACCCACGGUCAACCCGCCAUUUCUAAGCAAAGACUACCUCGGAAUACAAAACGAUUUCUUUGUUCGCUGCAAAGCCACGGACGAACAAGCGGACAACAUGACUGCAGAGAACCAACUCAUCUGGCUCGCGCUGCAAAGGAAGGCCGAAUCAGACAGCGAGUACACAGAUUUGGCAGUCUUCGAUCCUGGCAACACAACAGAAUUUCAGAAACUUUCAUAUAUUCCUGAGGGCCGCAUGUGGGAUGUGGAGUUCCUGGGUGGCGGAGGCAACAGUUCACAGUUCAGUCAGAUUACAAUCAACAUUAAAGAUGGCGGUUGCUCAGACAUAGCUCUGUACAGGUGCGCCACGAGGUAUAACAACGACUGCAGGAACGUAUACACAGAGCCAUCGACACAUUCAAAUAAAGGAAGAAACCCACCGAAAGCUAACAUGCCAGUAUCUACCAGAACCGAAGUUAAGAAAUCUGAAGGCUUCAUCAUAACCUGCAGCUAUACUGAUACCUUUGAGGAGAACGUGCCCGUUGUCAAUCGCAUUGAAAUGAAAAUGGAAAGAGAGGCAAUACCUGACCAAUCGUACGUGCUCAUGGCGCUGUACGAUACAGCGAACUCAACAAAUGUUAAGGAUCUAACUCCACAUGGACGUAAUUGGAACAUCAGUUUUGAUUCAACCAAAAAUACUAGAAAUAUAACGUAUAGCAUCAAAGUGAACUUGAAGGAUGGAACAUGCAUUGAUGCGGGACAAUACAGGUGUGGGGUCAAGCUCUUGAACGAUUGUGAAUAUGACUACUCCGAGCCACUGAAUAUCACAACAAAAGAAACCUUUUCCCACGAUGAAAUCGAGGUGUCUCCCUACUAUGAAAUUGCAGACCUUACUUCGGAGCUCUCGGAUGAUGACAACGUAAUUCUGACAUGCACAUACGAAGGCGAGAAGGGACUGAAUAACUUUUGGGAAACCUGCUCGAACUUAAACAUCAGUGCCAACAUUUUUGAUGACGAGAGUAUAAGAACCCGAGACGCGCUCGGAUGCCACACAACGUACUACAGGUCCACCAUGAGCUUCAAACUCAGCUCGGGUAUGAGUGGGUGGACCUAUUUCUGUGACGUCUACAAUGGACGCACCCUUGUGAGCACAGCACAGUACACCAUCGUUGUCAAAGCAAAGUUGCACUUUUCAAGGUCCACUGGCGCAAUCUCGCAGCACAAGCUAUCUUUGUCCGAGAUCCUCGUCUACUUAUUGGUCACCAUCAAGACUUUACGUCUGCUGAAUUGUGGGAGUUGUCUCUAAUUGGCACGCCAUUAUCAUUAAUGUCAUUUUUUUUAAAAAACAUUACGUUUAAUAGUGUGUCAUUUGUCAUCAAGAAUUUUUUUUACAUUAUUAAAAUAUUGAUGAUACAAAACAUUAACAAAAAAUAUUAAAAUAAAUACAGGGAAUAAAAAUUCUUUUAUUUAUUACAGGAAGAAAAAAACUAUAUUUAUUAGAGAUGUUUUAUUUUUAUAAAUUUUAACCUCAGGGUACGUAACCUAGAUCAUUCUGAUUUUUCGCAAAUGAGCAAUUAGUCGGAGCUUUUGGAAAUGAUGUCAAUAAUAUUACAUGUUAUCAAAUUAUGCAUGUUUAUAAUACUUAAUAUACUGUAUAUAUUGCUGAGAUAUCUGAGUUUUUCAAAGUAGUAAUAUAUUAUUUACAAAAUUGAAAUAGUACUUAGGUGAAAUAUACUAUUGUGUCUAUACUUAUUUUAAAAUUGCCGCAAAUUAGAUAUUUGUAGUCAUAAUGUUUGUACAGUCAGGCUUGGUGUCUAUUGCUUGCAAUAAAGCUUAAAGGCUUAGGCUCGCACAGCCAAAAUGAUAAAUAUACAACGCACGUAACGUAUCAGUCUAUCGACUUUGUUCGGAUACACAACUGGCACUGAAAUGCUAUAAGUCCAGCUCACGCCCUACGUCAUCAAAUAGGAAUGGAGAAGUCUUCUCUUUAUUUUAUGUGCCUAACUGAAUCGUAAUUACCUUAUAGCAUAUCAGCAAAAAGAAAAGGCAUUAUCUUGGGCAAAAACAGUAUAAUCUCAUUGUGGGUAAUUUGACUCUGAACCCAUUACAAAUGUUAUGUUUUUAUUAAUGUUUUUGAAUAUCCUUUUUUGAGAUAGAUCUACGUCUAUAGUGCAGUUAAUGAGCGUACAUCUUGAGAGCAAAAAUGAUUAUAUAUUUAUAUAUUUAAUGAACCAUUGUAAACAAUAAACAAUAUAAAUUA